UUUCUUUGUUAAUUUGAAGGGAUUACUGAGAUAAGUAAUGUAUUAACAUCACCUUUUCUCUUUUUUUUUUUUCCUUCUCUUUCUUUUGAUGAAAAUACAGUCCUUCUUUCUGUCUGUCACAGUAUCUAGCUCAACAAAAUCUCGUUCUCUCUCUCUCUCUUAACAUUCUUCCCUGCUAGCUAGAGCUUAUCUCAAGCCAUUUUUAGUUUUACAGGAGACAUAAAAUCACUUAAGAAACAUCUUCAUCUGUUAAAGAAAGAAACUUUUUCCUUUCUUUUUAUCUUUUUUAAGAAAAAAAUUUCUGUUGAAUGUAGUUUUAGCUCUGUAUUAUUGUCUCUCUCUCUCUGUUUUUGCUGCCAAGGGUUGUAAUGGGUUGCUAUGAAACUUCUUCAAGAACAAAGUCUGUAGCCGAAAUAUAACUUUCUCAAACCAAAAGAUGAAAUGGGUUGUUCCAAAGCAAGGUUACAGCUUUAGAAGAAACAUUAUUCAAACACAUUUAUAAAAGAAAAAAAUCCCACUUUUCCAUAGCUAGCUAGCUUAUGUAUUAGCCCCCACUUCCUUUUUAUCUUAAAAGAAUACGCAUUUUUUUCAAAGAAACCACCUUUCCUUCACUCUACACGGUCCCCAUUUCACGAAAAGCAGCAUCCACGCCUAUACAAGCCAAAGAAAACAAACAUUUUGCUUUAUACAGCAGAAGAAACUAAUUUAAGAAUGGGAUGUGUUGCCUCAAAACUAGAAGAAGAAGAAGAAGUGGUAUCCAUCUGUAGAGAAAGAAAGCGGCAGCUAAAACUAGCUGUAGAGAGAAGAUAUACACUUGCAGAAGCUCAUUGCAGAUACUGUCAGUCUCUGUAUGCAGUUGCUGCUGCUAUUAAGCUCUUUAUAGCUCGUCAUUCUUCACCAACUUCACCUUUCCUCAUUACUUUCCCUCCUCCUUGUCCGCCAUCUCCGCCUUCUACUGCUGAACACAAUGUAAUAACAAACCCAAUGUUUAUUCAACAAGGGCCAUCUGAAUCAACUUCCCAUGAAGCUAUUACUUGUGAGUCUUGUGGUUCUUCAACUACUACAUCAGAUUCUAGUGAGGAAGGGACUAAAGAAGAAGAGGAAAGAGAAGAGGAGGAGAAGCAAAGUUUUGGGUACUUUUACAUGCAAAUGCAACAACCACCUAUAAUGCCACAGUCAUCACAGACAGAUAAUUUCGGGUGGGAUUUCUUUAACCCUUUUGAUACUAUGAGGCCAGAGAUUAUUAGUGGUUAUAGGAGAAGUUCUGAUGAUGAUUUGAAGGUGGUAAGAGAAGAAGAAGGGAUUCCAGACUUAGAAGAAGAAGGAGAUAGAGAGGAAGAAGAGGAAGAAGAAGAUCAAAGAGAAGGAGAAGAAGAAGAAAAAGAAGAGAGGGUUAUUGAAGAGAAAGGAAAAGGGGAUCAGCUGGAAGAAAGCGCAAAUAAUGAUGUGGUAAAGGUGGUAGAUGGAGAUGUUAAUAAUAUUAAUAAUAGUAAUGGAAGCCAGGGAGACCAGAAGGGACUUACUGUUAUUGAUAUACCAGAGAAAGGUAGAGAACUAUUAGAUGCAUUGAAGGAUAUUGAAGACCAUUUUAUUAGAGCUUAUGAUUCUGGUAAGGAUGUUUCAAGAAUGCUUGAGGCUAAUAGAGUGUACUUGCAAUCUGGCUUGGAGGAAAUCAAAGAGAACUCGACAAAAUUCAUUCAAGCUAUUACAUGGCAGCGGUCUACUUCAUCUAGUAAGCCUUCAUCAUGCAAGAGUCUCGUUGCAUCCAGUUCUAAAAGUACAACAAACUGGACAGAAUAUAAGAAUGAUCUAUUUGAUGAUUAUGGAGGGAUGAUGGAUUCAGGAAGCCAUUCGCUAACACUUGGUAGGCUGUAUGCUUGGGAAAAGAAGCUCUAUGAAGAAGUUAAGGCCGGAGAUAGCACUCGGAAAAUUUAUGAAAGAAAAUGUGCACGACUAAGAAACCAGGAUGUCCGAGGAGAUGAACUAGCCAUGGACAAGACUAGAGCUGCAGUGAAAGAUUUAUAUGCUAGGAUCUUAGUUGCAAUCCGAAGUGCUGAGUCCAUCUCGAAGAGAAUCGAGAAGCUUAGAGAUGAAGAACUACAGCCUCAAAUAGUGGAGCUCUUGAAAGGCUUAACUCACACCUGGAAGAUCAUGUUGGAAUCCCAUGAAACCCAAAACAAGAUUCUGUUCGAAGUAAAAUCGUUUGCUUGCCCUACAAAUGGAAAAUUCUGCAAUGAUUCUCACCGGCUUGCGACGCUUCAGCUUGAGGCAGAGAUCCACAAUUGGCGUGCAUGCUUUACUGAGUAUGUUGCAGCACAAAAAGCAUAUGUUGAAGCCUUACAUGGUUGGCUAACGAAGUUCUUAGUUCCUGAAGUUGAAUUAUACUCCAGAGGCAGGCGUUCUGCAGCACCAUAUCGAGCUAAUGGUCCCCCAUUACUUGUGAUCUGCCAUAACUGGUUAUCUUCAAUGGCGAACUUACCUGAUAAGGCAGUAUCUCUUGCAUUAAAAAGCUUUUCAAAGGAUGUAAGGGCUCUGUGGUCUCAGCAAGGGGAGGAACAGCAACAGAAGAGGAAAGUUGACGGUCUUGCAAAAGAGCUCGAUAGAAGGACUCUGGCGUUGCAGAAGGCUGAAACAAGAUUACUCGAGUCUAAGCUUAUAGAAUAUAAACCCGAUCAAGAAGCAGAAGGCCACAAUGACAAUUGGACUGAAAAGAAAGAUCAGUUAGACAUAUUUAGGAAGAAGCUGGACAUAGAAAAAGAAAAACACCACAAGUGCAUGCAAGAAACACAAAGGAUAACACUAACCGGGUUUCAGACAGGAUUUUCGACAGUUUUCGAGUCAUUGGCAGAAUUCUCCAAGGCUUCUAUGAAAAUGUAUAAUGAACUUGUCAAUUGCACUGCAAAUGCUGGAAAACUAGACAGCCAAUCAUAUUUAGAGGGCAGUCAGGUUGAAGAAAAUGGCAGCAGGUGACAAAAGAGCUUGAAAAAGGAGCUUCAGGUAUUAGGGUUUAUGAAUUGUUUGUACAUUAUAUCAUGUCGAAGCAGCUCGCUGAGACAAAUUAAUUUUCAUUUUUAGCAGAUGUUUGUAGCAAGGGAUUACUAUUUGUUUAUUGUGAAUCGAUGAUGUAUUGCCCGCAUUUUUGUCGCAAAAGUCUUGUAAAUCUCCUGAUCUAAUGCUUCCUUGUUGACAAGAAGGACAAGAAAUGCAGAGAUAGGAAAUUUCAAGCGGGCAUUCCUUGUAAUUGUUUAUACUCUGGUGUUGAAUAGAGGGGUCUGGUUUACAUGUCUGGGGAAUGGUUAUGAA